UGGUUUUCUUAUGUUUUUACAGCAAGACAUAUCCAAAAUCUGAUGGUAAGGAAGAAGGAAGCUUAUCUUACUCAAGACAGAGAAAUUGUUGUAGCCUCUGUGCUUUCAACAGAGCUCCACUUUUUUCUGCAGCUUGAACUGAGAAUUCUGUCCAUUUCUAACAGACCUUGGUUUUCUGAAAUGGCAAAGCUCCCUGACCUUUGCCCAUGCUGAUAGAGCCCUUCUUCCAGCAAAGGGCAACAGGCCUGAAAAUCCUUCAGAGUGAAGGUGACUUAUCCAAGCACCGGACUUCAAACAUUAUCAAGUCUGCUGAUGACAAACAAGCUAUAUAGGAGAAAAAUGGUCAUGAUUUACAUCACCCACGAAGGCCAAUACAUGCAAAAAUCAAAACAGAACAGUAAAUUACCCAGCAAGCUGUAAAAAGAAAUUUCACUUAAGCCUAAGAGUGGAAUCUAGCUGCUGUGCUCAGUCCAUUUCCUUGAACCUUUCUUGCUGAUGGUUUUGAUGCAGCCUGGACUCUCCCAUUAUGUAUCAUCUGUCUUCCCUCCCACUUGUGGUCACCCUGCUGUGCUGUGUUAACUUCAAUCCAUCACUCUCUGGAUCACAUUUAACUAGAUGAAAUGGAGAUUCAUCUGUCUGUCUAAAUCCUUCUGUUGGAACUCGAAGUGGAUGAUUGCACACAGACAGCCUGAUUUACCCUUCUCCCCCUGAGGAUCCCGGAACAGGAACUGAAGAACACUGAGAAAGACAAUGUGCUAACAACCCACAUUAGUUAUCCUGGGGAGACCUCAGCAGUGGGCAGAUACCCCUGUAUCUCUUACAGCACAACUCUAGCACCUGCCUCCGCAGCAUCUGCUUCUCACAUUGCUGGAGACGUUACAUAGGUGUUAACGUUGUGCUGAACUACACCAGAAGAGAAACUCCUACAUCCAUCAGAUACAGCAAGAAGUUGAAAAUUGAAAGAGUUGGCUUCUGUCAGUAAGGGUGCCAAGUCCCUGGUUAUUUCUGUACUUUUUUCAGAUUGGGAUCUUUUCAGUGAAGCCACAAUAAUCUCUCACUAUACACCACAUGCUGAUUUCAGUGUCUUAAGAAUUUAAGGGCAGAAACCUCAUGCUUUUUAAAUCUUUGAUCUAUUGCUGAGCCCUGCCAUGACCCAGCCAGCCUUACACAUGGCAGAGAAUAGGCUUGAGUACAAGAACCCACUGCUCUUGAUCAUGGUGGAAAGCCCAUCCCAAGGGCAAGAUAACUAAGCAGAAGACACCCCUAACAAAUGAGUGUGAGCCACAAGGUGUUUCGUGUGAUUCCACAGAACGAUGAGCAGGUGGAAAUCAUCCAUUCCCUCGCCAGCAAAAUGCAGGUUGACUUUUGGCAACCAGACUACGUCAAACUGGUAAAGCCAAACAUGCAAGUUGAUUUCCGAGUUGAAGCUGACAAAGCUUUGGAGGUUGAACAUCUCUUGAAAGAAAACAGUGUGGAUUAUAAAGUUCUGAUUGAUGACCUGCAGACUGCAGUGCAUGCUCAGUUUGACAGCAAAGUUCGUAGCACUGGUCACAGCUAUGAAAAAUACAACAACUGGGAUAAGAUAGCUGCUUGGACUGCUGACAUUGCUGCUCAGAACCCAAGCUUGGUCUCUCGCAAAGUAAUUGGGGAAACAUAUGAAGGACGGCCACUGUACCUUCUCAAAUUGGGAAAAAGUGGUACAAAUAAGAAGGCCAUCUUCAUGGACUGUGGUUUCCAUGCAAGAGAGUGGAUCUCCCCUGCUUUCUGCCAGUGGUUUGUGAAAGAAGCUGUUGAGACCUACGGAACAGAUAGUACUAUGACCAAACUUCUCAACAGCCUGGACUUCUAUGUUUUGCCAGUUGUUAAUAUCGAUGGCUAUGUUUACACUUGGACAAAGGACCGUAUGUGGAGAAAGACACGCUCUAAAAAUUCUGGCAGCAAUUGCAUUGGUACUGAUCCCAACAGGAAUUUCAAUGCUGGCUGGUGCAAACUGGGAGCCUCAAGUAGACCCUGUGAUUCCACUUACUGUGGCUCCGCACCCGAGUCUGAAAAGGAGACUAAAGCUUUGGCUGAUUUUAUUCGUGAACAUCUUUCUACAAUCAAGGCAUAUCUGACUAUUCACUCCUACUCCCAGCUGCUACUGUUUCCUUAUUCAUACACGUACGCACAUCCAAAGGAUUACAGCGAACUGAACGCCAUUGCUAAAGCUGCAGCCCAACAACUGGCCAGUUUGUACAAGACCGAAUACGAAUAUGGAUCAGGAGCUACAACAAUCUACCCUGCUGCAGGAGGCUCUGAUGACUGGGCUUACGAUCAAGGCAUCAAAUACUCUUUCACUUUUGAGCUCCGUGACACUGGUAAUUAUGGGUUUCUUCUGCCCGAGUCUCAGAUAAAGCCAACCUGUGAGGAGACCCUGCUUGCUGUUAAAUACAUUGCCAGUUAUGUCCUUGAUCACUUGUAUUAAAGGAAACUCUAGAAACUACUAAAGGAUUUAUUCAAA